AUUUAACAUUUCUUCUCAACGCAAGGCCACACCGACCUACACCCUAUCUCACUUUGAAAUAUGUCGAUCUUUUUAAUGUCGAAGCAAUUGCCUCCUCUCCCCGGGAAUGCCGCCGGUGCCCCGAAUGGGAAAUACGUCAAGUACUCGCCUUCCGAGAAAUCCUUGGAAGCUUUCUCGUCAGAUGUCGUGUACAAUGUCUGGUUCCGCACCAAGCCACUAGACGAAGAAACCAUCAAUAGGAUGAAGAGCAUUCAGCUUACUACUGAGAGUUCUGGUCAAGGCUUUUGUAGCGACCCUGACGCCGGGUUGUGGACUUGGUUUGAGAUAGCAAUCAUGCCUCACUGGUCGGAGACACCUCGCAUUGAAAAUGGCAUCGUGCUCACGUGGAAAAGCCACGAGAACAGCUAUGAAGACGUCGUGACAGAGAAAGCUGGCAAAAUAUUUAACAGCUCAAACAGAGAUGACGAUGCCAUUUUUAGGUUCCUCAAGCCCGGCGACACUCUAGCCGUUCGAUUAUGUGCUCGUUUCCCACAAUGGACCUUGUACGCAAAGAGGGCCUUGCUUGUCGUGGAGUUGGGCGACGAAGAGACGAAGCCCAAGACCGACCUUGAGCAAACCGUUUCCACGCUCGGCCAAGCAGUCUCUCAAGUCAAGAUUGCACAGGAAGCGAUGAAAGACAUCAACAAGUUAAUUUUUCCCCACAUCAAGGAGGGGCAUUUACCUUCUCUCCCUGAUACCGUCUUCCGUGCCGACGUAGUCAUGGAACACAACAAGGCUGGGAGCCCACCUCAGGGGCUGCGCCCGCUCUGUGUGCUUGCUCUAGAUGGCGGUGGAGUCCGUGGCUUAGAAACGCUCUUGGUUCUGCAGAGCAUUAUGAAGAAAGCUUUUCCUGAAGGAAACGUCAAACCUUGCCAAGUGUUCGACAUGAUUGGUGGCACAAGCACAGGAGGCUUAAUCGCAAUCAUGCUUGGACGCCUCGAGAUGGACAUAGAUGCGUGCAUCAAUGAGUACAAGGGUCUGAUGAAGACGGUAUUUCCCCCGCGCUUCGAUGCUUCAGCCAUGGGAAAAUGGAUCGAUGUUAUCCCAGCACCCAAUCUUGUGAAAUGGGGCGUCAAGAGUCUUUUCACGCCAAUCAACAAAGUAGUUCACACUGCUGCGGAUGCAUACUAUGGAGCCAGCCAGCUAUUGACUGGGGCCAAAUGGGACGACGGCAAGUUGGAGAUGGUCAUUAAAGAACUUAUUGGCAAGCGGCUCCCCUGGUCUGAAAAUGCUGCCGAUAUUACUCUUUUGGACUCCAAGAGAACUGAUGGUUGCAAAGUCUUUGUCACCGCAGUUGACGUGGUAGGGGGCAACAACCAACCACCGAUGAUACUCCGUUCAUACCAGAAUCCUCGUCAGAUGUCCCAAAUCCCCAAUAUCAAGAUUUGGGAGGCUGCUCGCGCCACCUCCGCGGCGCCCUUCUACUUCAAACCCUUAAAAGUCAAAGUCGAGGACCAGGGCAAGGAGCACGAAUACGAGUUCGUCGACGGAGGCCUACAGGCCAAUAAUCCUCUGGGAUGCCUGUGGAAUGAAGUUCUCACCACGUAUGGAAUCCAGCGACAGACGGCUUGCUUCCUGAGUCUUGGCACCGGCGUCCCGCCAAGCCAGACGCUGCCCUCUCUCAACUUUGAUAUCAGGCAUCCGCUGAAGCAACUCAAAUUCAUUAACGGAUUGGCCGGAAUCGCAUGCAACACCGAAUUUGUCAACACACUUUUCCAAUCUCUCAUUAACGCUUUCGCCCCCAAUAGCGGUUACAGGAAAUACUGGCGCUUCAACCCUGGGGAUGGCCUAGGUCCUGAAACGAAGAAAGAAGCGGCCAUCGCAAUGGACGACGCUACAAAGGAGAAUGAAAUGACGGAAGCAGCUGUUAAAUAUAUCAGUAGUACGAAGGGCGCGGAAAUGGUGGCAGAAUGUGCAGCCGCUCUUUCAAGUGUUGGUGGGCCAUGGUGAUAAUAGUCUUUUGAGUAAGACAGGGGUGGCCCAUAUCAGGUGUCGAAGGCAGUUUGACCCUUUCUAGUACCUCCUUUUAAACUUUCAUUAUAGGUACUAGUUAGGUAUAAUAGCUUAGUGUCUACUAAUAGACUUUAACUUUACACGGAGUAUGUGUCGUGAAGCUAGAACAGCUUCGUGUGGCUGUUAUCA